AUGGUCGACGUGCGGCGGAUCAAUCUGCAGCCACAGCCGACGGACAAGCAUGCUGUCGACAAAGGCACGAGUGCUGGUGCAGCCUCCAAGGGUCCGACGUAUCACGACGGUGGCGAGGCGGAUGUGUGUGGUGUUGGUGGCGAUGACGACAUGGAUUGGGCUGAUGACGUGUCCUCGCGUGACGGACAGCCGAGCUGCAAGGCCGGCAAGGCUAACACCGUCAGCCGCAAACGUGCCGAGCACCAGUCAGCCGUGCAGGGCGUCCACUGGUGUGAGCGGGGUCAGUACUGGCAAGCAAGCUGGUAUAGCAAGAACGACGGCAAGCGGGAGAACAAGUACUUCUACGUCAAGGAGCAUGGCUUCCACAAAGCGAAGGUACCGACAUCGCAUCGCAGCACCGCACCUCCAUCUCACUCUCCGUUUCCCCAAAUGUAUGGAUCAGGCGUUGGCCGAGCAGCAUCGUCUCGAGAUGGAGCGCAGCGGCCAGGCGUCGGUGAGGAAGCGAUGUGAGCACCAGAGCGGCGUCAGGGGUGUCAGCUACAACAAGAGCGGCAACUCAUGGGUGGCCAGCUGGCAGGUGGGGGGCAGGAAGAAGACCAAGCACUUCUCCGUGGCUGAGCUCGGCUACGAGGAGGCCAAACAGGCGGCCAUCGCACACAGACGGGAGAUGGAGCAGCGGCACCACACGUCAGAGGGCGGGGCGACGAGCGAUGAGGGCCGUUCCUGCAGCCCUCCCAAUGAUGAUGGUGCGAUUCACUCGCCGUGCCGCCACGGGCCCCCCAGCUGCGGGCCAGGUGUGGGUGUGAUGGAGGGCGGCGACCUGGCCGCUGCCCUCGUCGAGGUCCUCAGCAGCGACGGGUAA